UGACUGACGUCAGGAGAAGCCGAGAGGAGCAGAGGCAGCGAGCGCAGACCGAUAUCGCCAACGUUAACACACAACCUGCACCAGUGCGCUUCACUAGCAAAUUAAACUGCUGCGUCUUUUACAACUUCUCCACCAUAAACACAAUACUGUUACAACAACGGAACGACAUCGGAGAGGCUCUACGCGGCGCGAUGAACCACAACAGUACUGUUAACCAGAACGUCAGUCUGCCCGCUCCAAACAGCGGCUCGGGGAGCAUUGUGGAUGAGCUGGUUAUCACCUCCACUUUCGGGACCUUGUUGUCGGUCGUCUACAUAGUCGGCGUGACGGGGAAUGUGUACACUCUGGUAGUGAUGUGUCAUUCUAUCCGCUUCGCCACCUCUAUGUACAUCUCCAUCAUUAAUCUAGCGCUAGCGGACCUCCUGUAUCUCUCCACCAUCCCGUUCGUGGUGUGCACCUACUUCCUCAAAGACUGGUACUUCGGAGAUGUGGGCUGCCGCAUUCUCCUCAGCCUGGACCUGCUCACCAUGCACGCGAGCAUCUUUACCCUCACUGUGAUGUGCACGGAGCGAUACCUGGCCGUCACCAAGCCCCUGGACACGGUCUGGCGCUCCAAGAGCUACCGCAAAGCCCUGGCCUGGGGGGUCUGGCUUCUCUCCCUGGUCCUCACCUUACCCAUGACGGUCAUGGUCACGGAGACCACCAAGAGCGCGCCCGACGGAGCAGUGAAGAGGAUGUGCGCGCCAACCUGGGCACCCCGGGCGUAUAAGAUCUACCUGACCGUUUUAUUUGGCACGAGCAUCGUGGCGCCUGGGUUGAUUAUCGGCUAUCUGUAUACAAAGUUAGCCGGCACGUAUUUAGAGUCCCAGAAGAACUCAGUCGUCAACAAAAGGAACAUGCGAUCCCCGAAGCAGAAAGUCUUGGUAAUGAUUUUCACUAUAGUUCUGGUGUUCUGGGCGUGUUUCCUUCCGUUCUGGAUAUGGCAACUGUUCCCGUUGUACCACAACAAACCGUUAAGCCUAGCCUCUAACACGCGCACCUGUAUUAACUACCUGGUGGCCUGUCUCACCUACACCAACAGCUGCAUUAACCCUUUCCUCUACACCCUCCUCACUAAGAACUAUAGGGAAUACCUGAAGAACAGACACAAGAGCUUCUACCGCUACACGUCGUCGUUUAAGCAGCGUACUCCCAGCUUGUAUUCCUGCGGGAAGUCGGCAUCCUCCUCGAAUCAGUUUGAGUUUAACUCGGAGAUCCUGGUGAUGGGGACUGUGAGGGGACAGUGAGCGUUACAAAGGGAGAGUGUUUUUUUUAACCGCAACAGGUAACCCGUCUAUCUAUUAUCGUCCCUUUACGAACGAAUAUCAACCGUUUUACGCACCUGU